GAUGCUGAUGCUAGUCAGCCGCUCCCAUUUGUAAAAACAACACACUGUUGCCACGGUUACACAUCAUAACAAUUGUUUGAAAGCAAAAAAAAAAAGUAAGACCAAAAAAAUCUUCUAGCUGCACAGCAUUAAAACCAGAGGGAAUAACAGUCCAAACAUGCAACGCCUCCACAAAAACAGUUACCCACAUGAGUCCAAAAUGCUCUAUGAGCUGAACUACAUUCUAGAAAAUGCUUCAAAUAUACAUUUCGAUUUUGAGUCAAAUUACUUAAACGAUUUAAAAAAAAUAAAAAAAAAAGAUAUUCGAACUGUGCAUCCCUGAGAUAAGGUUGUAAUGGGAUAAUUUUUCGUUUGGUGACAUUAGGAACGAAGUAGAACGUUCGCGGAGAUGAGCCGGCACGUCGAAUCGGCUCGGUCACGGACUCCUCUCAAAGUGAGCGACUGUGCCGCUCCACGGUAGCAGCUCCUCUUCGCACUUCCAGCCGCCAGAGAGCCGAGCUGAGCAGGGCCGGGGGUGGGGGGACAGACGCCUGGGCUCCGUACGCUGUGAUGUGCAGUAAAUGGGAUUAACGCGCACAGACAGCUCUGGGAGACGCUAAUAGUAGUAGCGGUAGUAGUGGAGGAGAGAAGGGAGGCAGAGGAGGAGGGGGGAGCCCCGCGUAAAAGCUGCGCCGCACGUGGAAAACUUGCGCUGCUCCGUCCCUUGGAGAGAAAACAAGCUCCCCCUUCCAAAACAACAGACGCCAACAAACAGACCCGGGUCCAGACUCGCAGCAGCCGUCCGGACCGACCUCCAGCUCUCCUCGCGCACAUGCCUGCUGUAUUGAUGUGGAGGAGAGGGGUCAGCGGACCGGGGAGCAUGUUUGAAUCAUCUCGCUGAAAGUUGCAGGGGAGAACCAAUUCCAGCUGACCAUCUCGCUUGCUUCUUUUUUUGUUUGUUUGUUUGUUUAGUUUUAUUUUUCUACAUUUUUUGUUGUUGUUGUUGUUGCUGUUUUGCUCGGUGGAAACCAAACUCAAUGGAGGGCCAAGCGGGCGAGCUGCACGGCAACGAGGACGUGCGCAAGAGCGGCUACCUCCGCAAGCAGAAGUCCAUGCACCGGCGCUACUUCGUGCUGCGCGCCGCCUCGGAGCGCGGUCCGGCCCGCCUGGAGUACUACGAGAGCGAGAAGAAGUUCCGCGGCAAGGCCCCCGUGCCGAAGAAGGCGGUGGCGCUGGAGACGUGCUUCAACAUCAACAAGCGGGCCGACUCCAAGAACAAGCACAUGAUCGUGCUGUACACCCGGGCGGAGAGCUUCGCCGUGGCCGCGGAGAGCGAGGAGGACCAGGACGAGUGGUUCCAGGCCAUGGUGGAGCUGCAGUGCAAAAGUAAAAAUCCUAACGACAGUGCGAGUUCAGGGGACUAUGGCGCGCCAAAUCCAGGACCUGCGUUCAAAGAAGUUUGGCAGGUGAAGGUGUGGCCUAAAGGCCUGGGUCAGGCCAAGAACCUGGUGGGCAUCUAUCGCCUCUGCCUUACCGACAAGACGGUAAACUUUGUGAAGCUGAACUCCGACGCAGCCGCUGUGGUGCUGCAGCUGAUGAACGUCAGGCGUUGCGGACAUUCGGAAAACUUUUUCUUUGUCGAGGUGGGACGCUCUGCUGUGACGGGCCCCGGCGAGUUUUGGAUGCAGGUCGAUGAUUCUGUGGUGGCCCAGAACAUGCAUGAAACCUUGCUGGAGGCCAUGAAAGCCCUGAGUGAGGAGUUUCGCCAGCGCACAAAGUCUCAGUCAAACUCUGGUCCUGGAGGAGGCGCCACAGCUUCCAAUCCUAUCAGUGUUCCUUCUCGGCGCCACCAUCCCAAUCCCCCUCCAAGCCAGGUGGGCUUCCUCCGCCGUCCCCGAACUGAGCCUACCUUAGGUGCUAAUGUGGGAGCUCCGUUAGGCAGUUCCAGUGCCUCUCCCACGCCUCGGCACAGCUUCCCGAGGUCCCGCACUGCCAGCGAUGGAGGGAAAAGUGAAGAUGGGAUAGCAGGAUCCAAUCCGCUCCACAGUGUAAACACAAGUCCUUCUACCAAUGGCUCCUGCUCUACCACCCCGAUCCUCAGGUCAAAGUCAGCCCGCUCAGUCCCAACCACAGCUGCUAAAACUCCUUUUGGGUUGAUGCGUUCCAUUUCAACUCCGGCCCCAUCACCGGCCCCAAGUCUGUCGUCCAGCUCUGGGCACGGAUCUGAGUUUGGAGGCAUCACAUCUGCUGGUGCUGUCCCAGGGUCUGGUGCUUAUACUCGUGUAGCCUCUCAUCAUACCUCAGUCUCGUGCUCACCCAGUGAUUACGGCUCCUCAGAUGAGUAUGGUUCCAGUCCUGGAGAUCACGCGGUUCUACCCUCUCCGAGCCUGCCAGGAAGCUCUGUCAGCAGCACUGGCAGCCAGUGCCUUGGCGAGGAUGGAGCGAACUACAUCCUAAUGGGUCAACGAGGUGGGAGCAGUGGUGGUGUCAGCAACAGUAAUCAAGGCAACAUGAUAUCCAGCUCCCAACCUGUACCAGGAACACCAACUAAUGGCUCACUGCCCCAGACCAGGAGAGUAUUGCGUCGAUCUUCUAGCCGUGAAUGUGAGGCUGAACGCAGGCUUCUGAGCAAGCGUGCAUCCUUGCCUCCUAUGGCCCUGGAAAGACUGGCCCCACACCAGCGCAGAGCUGAGGAACCUACGGAUGAAGAUUCAGCUGAUUAUGCCAUUAUGUCAAGGAGCACCAGUCGGGAGUCCUUUGCAUCUACCUGCUCAUCUAUUCAAAGGGAAUCAACCAUAGGCUCUUGUGUAGGGGGAGGAGGGUACUUGGAUGUAGCAGGAGAGUUAAAAACUGAUGGUGGUCCAGGAAUAGUUGCAGGUGUGGACAAUGGGUACAUGUCCAUGCUACCAGGAGUCACCCAGCCGCCUGUUUCCUCAUGUCAGACAAUGACUGUCUCUGUUCCAGAAUCAGAUUCCAAACCUGCUGAUGACUACAUGGCCAUGACCCCCAACAAUAGCGUGUCUCCCCCGCAGCAGAUUCGUCCCCUGCCAGUGUCUGACGGCUAUAUGAUAAUGUCACCCAACAGCAGUUGCUCCCCUGACCAGCGUGGAAGCCUCUCUGAAGGCGCUUGGGUUGGCAGUGCCGAUAGCAGAGCUGGUAGCGACUACAUGAACAUGUCUCCCAUUAGUGCACCUUCUGUAAAUGGCAGUCCACCUCAAAAUGAGCACACCUGCCAUUUGGAAACCAGUUUGCAACAGCCGCCCCCAAAGAUGGUGUAUUCCUAUUAUUCCCUUCCCAGAUCGUACAAACAUAAUCCCACUUCUGGGCUUUUUGACGACGGGCCCGGACGAGGUAGACGCCCCAAUGGGAACUGUAGCAGAGGGAGAGGUGGCGGCAAAAACUCAGGGGGGCAUCUAGAGCAGCCAGCAGGCAGUUCAGGGACUGGACGGCACCAGUCACUCUCUUCGUCCUCAUACUCCUCCAGCUCAGCUAGCAGUGAGAGUCUUGGAGAUAACGAUGACAGGACUAACCAGGCUCUGGGUAAUGUGACAACUGGUUCUCAGCCCAAAGAGGUGAGCAAGAUUGCUCAGAGGCGGAGCUCUGGUGGGUUAACAAAGCAAGGUAGCCACUUUAGAAGCAGACCAGUAAGCCUAUUUGUAGAUGUAUCUAAGGCCAACACUCUUCCUAGGGUCCGUGAGAACCCCUUACCCCCAGAACCUAAGAGCCCUGGAGAGUAUGUGAGCAUUGAAUUUAAAGGGGAGCAGUGCAGCCGGUCUGGUGUAGGAGUUGGGCGAGGUAGAGGCCUGAGACAUGGAUCAUUGCUGAAUCAUGGCUCAAGUCACCAGCAUUCUCAAAACAGACCAACUCCAUCUCUAGAAACCUUCAUUCCCCUGUCUCAUAGUCCCUCUGCCCCUGUCUCUCCACCAACUCCAUCAGAGUACGUCAACAUGGACCUCGGUCCUUCACCAUCCCCUUCACCCCAUUCCAAUACCCAGUUAGUUUUUCCACCUUUCCACACCCCUCCCACACCCCCAGUUCUUGCUCAUGCCCCUAAAACCUGUACGGAAGGUACUGCUAGUCUGUGCCAAGGGACUGUUGAAGUUGCUGAGCCACCUCUUAGGAAAAGCAGAGACAGUGUUCCCUCAGUGACUGAGACAGAGUCUCCUACAUCCUGUGGAGACUACACAGAGAUGGCUUUCAGCUUGAACAACAACACUGCCCCUCGGUCAUCGCCAAGGGUCUCCCCAAAAGUCCCCUCUCCUACAAGAACUGAUCCUUCUGUUUCAGUGCUCUCUCGGGGUCUAGACUUCCCUCUAGGCAAAUCAGGACUGAACCCAGACCAGGGUGCUAAAGUAAUCCGUGCUGAUCCCCAAGGACGCAGGCGCCACUGCUCAGAAACCUUUGUGGCCACACCCUCCCUGUCCACCUCUGCUUCUACUUCUUCUUCUACUGCCUCCCUCUUUCCAGAGCACACCCAGGCCGUCGCCCGCCGCCUCGGCUUUGAGAGCAUGUUGUGGGGGAACGGUGCCGUCACUGAUCCUCCAACUCAAUUUCCACUCCCUGCACAGCAGUCACUUCCCGCAAACAAUCAGACAUUAUCCACGGAGCAGGGUCUCAACUACAUAGACUUGGACUUGGUCAACAAAGAGAGUCCCCACACUGGCCUGGAAGGCGCCACAGGAGGCCAGCCCCAAUCUCGGCUGUUCUCUGUUCUUGGGUCGGGCUCCGUGGUUGGGGGAAUGGGGGCAACAGCUGGAGGGAGCAGCAGUUCAAGCCUCAACACAUACGCCAGCAUCGACUUCUACAAAUCCGAGGAGCUACGGACACAUCAGAACGGGAACAAAGAGGGAACAGAGUGCUGAUGUCAGCGAUUCAUCCUCAGAGAGACAAUCUGGUAUCACUCAAAGCGCUUCGAUGCUCCACCUUUCCCUCCUGUGACAGCCAAUCAGACGGACAGAGCUGCUGGAUUGGACGCAACCCUGAAGCACUUUGACAUAAACUGAUGGAAAAUUUCUUUUAUUUUUUUUUCCUUUUCGCUUUCAUCCGGUUGGUUGAGCAAACCUACAGGGAUGUGUGCCAAAUGAUAUUCUUAAAGAGUAAUUCGCUGCUCUCAUUUCAUGAAGUGAAAGCCAAUCAGAGGACGGUACAGAAUGGAGAAUAAAGUGGGUUUUUUUGUGUGUGUGUGGUUUUUUUUGUUUUGUUUUGUUUUGAACCUGUAAUGACAAAAGAGUACACAUUUGGCUGAGUGGUAUGUUUAAAAAAAAAGGAAAUAUGUAAAGUCACAUAGCUGCUCAAAAAGUGCCUCAUUUUCAUAUUGUAGCCAUUCUAAAAGCUAAAGCUUUGAGUUUUGUUGUUUCAUUCUUGACUUGAUGUAAUUACAGCUGAUGGUGCUGAUAGAGAUCAGUAGCUUUUUUUUUUUUUUUUUUUUUACCACCGAUGCGUUCAUGUCAUAUAGGAUCAGUGCAAGAGAUUGGAGUUUGAGCGCUAACAACAGAUUUUUAUACACAAAGUAAAGUUUCUCUAAUCAGAAACAGUCAUGUUUUUAGCAAAUAUGCCAUCUAAAAUUCCAGACAGAGAGCAUUACAUCUGCUCUGGUUUUAGUACAGCAGGAUCUUUGUUAUGCCCUUUCCCUAAAAAAAAAAGAAAAAAAAGAGAUAUGUAUAUUCAACUUUUUAAGCUGAUAGUGAGUUGAAAAACUAAUAUGAUCUGCACAUUUCCUAAUUUUAUUGAAAUUAAAUUUCCAAAGUAGCUAAAUGUUAUUUACCUUUAAGUACAUAUCACCAGUGAUAUCUCAUUAGUAAUACUUAAAAAGACUCAGGGCUGUAUUUUCAUUUAAUAUAUAUUAUGUUUUUUACUGAGGUGCUAAUUAUUUUAAUUAACAAAGUCUUUGGGUACUUCUACCACUGCCAUUGUUGAUGUUUAUUGGAAGAAAGGAUGUAAUGAAAGAAAAUAAGACAUUCAUCGAAUAAACCCCUUUAAUGCAGAAAAUCAUUGGUUUCCAAUAUCGGCACAUUUCCAACCUUUCUUUUAUGUAACUGAUGUGAAAAUCAGAUUUGUAAUUCCAAAGAGUCACUUGUUUAUGAGCGGUGAAAAAAGAACUAUCUGUAAUGCACAGAUUUUUUUUUAAAGUAUAUUUUCGUAAUUAAUUGCAUGCCAUAAACAUUUUAAUUGGGCAUUUCUAAGUAAAAUUUUAGCAUAUAUGCUUAAGACGGAAAUCAAAGUUAUCGCUUAAGAGAAUGUAAGAAAAUUAAACAAUCUAAUCAUUUAUUUAAAUUACAUUAACCACCUUUAAUUAACAAACUCAGGUCUUUGUUAGAUUUUUUUUUCUUCUACUGAGAUAUUAUUCGUUUUAAUAAAGAAGAAAUUCUGGAAUGCGGCGUUAAUGCACGUCAAAGGACGAUUUGUAUUUUCUAUUUAUUUUUUUAAGUGAUCAGUCAAUGCCAAUGUUUGGCACUCUUGGCUUGCCAUACUUUAUUACAGAUUGGACCAGCACUGAAGUUCACCAAGGUGACACAAAUAACUGAUAUUUAGCCAUUCGAUCUGAAGUUAUAAUGCCCGAAAAUGAGGAGUGACCGGACCUUGUUAGGGUGAGUUCAGACGUGUAUUUUUAACACAUGCCGAUGUGCGUUGCCCAUUUGUCUGUGGGCGUCUAAAACUAAACUUUUCUAAGUUUCUUUGUAGUUUUAUAGCAACUUUGUCAGAAUUUAUCAACUAUUACUUCGUUUAGCUGUGUCUGCAUGAGAAGUUCUCAACAAAAUAAAAAAAAGUUGCUACAACAAUAACUCCAAUAUGACAUGAACGCAAAUAUAUGUAAACGGUACUAGCAACGUGCUAGCCUUCUUUCCGACUGUGAGAAAUAUUAGCAAAGCUGCCAUUAGCUCUCUGCUAAUCCAUGUGUUGCAUUUUGAUGCUUAUAUUUUUUCCUCCUGACUUCUUCUCUCUUUUUUUAAAAACUGUUUACUUUCAUAUUUGCUGUUCGGUGAGCCAUAAAUAAAAGUGUUCAAAUCCACAGGCUUGAAAGAAAAUGGCAAUUGUAGCAGGGAAUAGUGCAGCUUGCUCGCUAGUUUAAAGCCAGCUGGCUCAAAUUAGCAUAUUAGCCUGGACAUAAAUUCACUGUCCUGCUGACCACAACCGGGGUUAGACCCCCUAUAGAGCUACGCAAUCCCAUUAGUGCUAUUAGCUUUAGACAGUCGCUUAAUCCCGUUCGUCUCAGGAUGCUAAAUAACAAACAGUACACAGAGCCGAGGACAGUGUCCCUAUCAAUAGCCAUGAUUAUGCUAGCGUUGUAUGGUCAGCAAAUAUUGAUUUUAGCGUCUGUAAAUGGGCUAGGAAUCAUUUUUGCUUUUGCAUAAAUCUGACAGCCAAUUUGUUCUCAGUUGUUAAUGUUAAUUAGGACGUUUCAUUUGUCUUUUCAAACUGAUCAAAGUGAAAGUGCUUUAGCCUCUUAUAACGACUCCUUUUUCUCCCUUUCCUUUCCUCUUCGCUUGCCUCUUUGCUUUAAUCUUCGCUAUGCAUACGCGCUGAAGUGCCUGUCCUAUUUCCUAAUCUGCCCUUCUCUUUCUCUCUGCCCCAUUUUAGCACAUAGCGCUAAUACAUUUGUCAUAGCAGAAUAUAACAUGUCUAUUUUUGUGUCCAUUUCUCGGCUGUACAGUUGAAGAGUAACUUGCUUCAGUUUGUUCUGUGUAAAAUUCGUCUUGUCAGCGGUCGUGGUCUUGAUCCCGGGAUCCGAGGACUUGAUCAUCACGUUGUCAGCUGUGCCAAAACACAGCAGCAGCAAAACUGUGCUGCUCCUGUCUCCGACACCACCUCAAGAAUCAACCUUCAGUUCUCAGUUUGGAACACUUUGCUUUGUUUUACUAUUGAAAUGUACAUUUUGAUUUGUUUUUGCAUUCUGUCGCUGUUUGGCGGGAGGCUGCUCUCGCAUAUCUCUGUCCACAAGUCGGCUCAUGAGGCUCUCUCUGAGAUAAAGGUCACUGUGGGAGACUUGUGUACGCUUUAACCUUGAAUUUGCCUGAGACUUUGACUGGAGGCUUGUAAAAAAAAAAAAAAAAGGAAAAAAAUGCAUGGAGAGAAAGAAAAGGCCACCGUGGAGAUAUACAACUUAUGUCAGAAUACAUAUGUCUGUUUAGCAUAAAGAAAUAUACACCGCCUUUCUUAAUAAUUCAUAUCUAUUGAAGUUUUUCAUAUUUUUUGCUGUUAUAACCUCAAACUUGAGUGUGUUUUACUGGAAGUUUUUAUGUAGCACACCAUCACAAAAUAGUGCAUAACUGUGAACUGAAAGACAAAAUAGUUUUCAGGAUUUCUUACAAAUGAAAUUGAGAGAAGUGCAGCGUGGGGUUUCUUUCUCAGCAUGGUAGGGAAACACUUGGAAACUCUACAUCUUUUGAAGUAUGGAUCUGCCAGCUUUGUAGGAUGGAUGGAGAACAUCAGUUUUCAAGUGUUUUUAUUGGAUUUCGGUCUGGACCACUUUGAUACGUAGAUACACUUUGAUUUAAACCGUCUCUGUUGUUGCUCUGGCAACAGUAUUUAUGGUUUUCCUGCUUGAAGGGGAAUCUCCGUCUCAAAGGUUUUUCUACAUCUGGUGGAUUUCUCUGCAUUUUGCUCCAUCACCUUUAAAUCAACACAGAUCAGAUUCACUGUCCCUGCUGAAGAAAAGCAUUCCCACAGUAUGAUGCUGCCACCGCCAUGUUCCACAGUGGUCUGCUCAGGAAUUGCAGUGUUAGUUUUCCACCACACUGAGAUUAAAUUGCACACGCUGCAUUUCCUUACUUAUUAAGGACUUACGAAGGCAAAUGGCUGCACUGGAUUUAAUUUGGGGACAUUGAGGGAUGAAUGUGUGUAAAUGCACAGUACAUUAGUUAUUUGGGUGCUACUUUAUGGCGGUCUGUCACGCCGAAUCCCAAGUAAAACACAUUUUAGUUUGUGGUUGUAACAUGAAAUGUAUAAAAACAAACUGAAUGGGUUUUAAUACUGUUUCAAAUCACCGUAUCUCAUGCGUUUGCCCGCCUACAAGUCCACAAACUUUUCAGACUCUACAGCGCAACAACGCGGCUUUAUUAUGAGCUGAUUGGGAUCUGUGGGUGGAUUUGCUCCGAAUAAUUCAGGAAAGAAAAACGGUUUGAUCUCGACGGCAGAUCCGACGCAUCAUUCCAGCAAAACCUACGGGCAAACAAAUGAGUCGAAACUGUCAUGUACUUUGGAGAUGUUCUCAUAUGGUAACGCCGUCGUUUUCAGCCAAAUGCUUCAGUGUACGUUCAGCCUAGAGAAAAAGUCAGCAGACUUUCUCUCCAACCGGACGAUUAGGCUUAGCAACGCUGCCCUUCAGAGAGCCAUUCAUGGCCUUAGCUGUUCAAACUUGGUCAAACUCCCUGCAUUUCCUUGCAGCUGAUCUUGGCAAAGUGUUCAAAGGCCACCAGGUUCGUGGUGGAGCUCUGGCGGAGGAAGGCGUGUAGGUGGGCAGUUUAAGUGGCUGUAUGAUCUCACUCAUUGCAUUGUUAGCGUGUUUUUUUUUUUUUAGAAAUUCUGAUGUGCAGAAAAAAAUGGUGCUGCUGCUUGGACUGAAUUGUUUUAUCUGCUCCUGCUGCGCCCCCCGAGGGAUGGUACUGAAUGGAAAUAUUGUAAAAUUUAGUGUUGAUGUAGAGCGUUCUACUUCUGUUGCUUGACGGAAAAAAAACUGACCUAAAAGAGAAAAAAAAAAAAACUCAUUCAACAAAAGUUGUUGUGGUUAUUUAUUUUCCUCUUUAAAAUUUGUGGCUUGCAGUUGCUUAUUGUGCAGAAUAUCACACCUUUUCAGUUCUAAUUAGGGAUGCAAGUCAUCGAUUGAGUUAAUGUGAGGUUGAUUGAGCUUAUCAGUCGACCAGUGAUUAAUUGAUAGGUGGCUAUUUUCUUAAAAAUCAGAGUUUUCUCUAGAAUCUAGAAGACUAACCGUGUUUUCUUUAACAUAAAGGGCUAACGUUUUCAUAAUGUUGGAUUUUAAAAAGAUGAUUAAAUAUUAAAAUUUUGUCAUGUAUUAAAUAAAAGAUUGUGGUUUUGUUACGUUGUUAAACUUAGACAUAUUAAUAAAACCUAACAAAACAGGAACUAAUUAAGUUGCUGAAUAGGAAAAUAAAGAGAAUAAAGUGUAAUUUAGUUUUGGUUAAACACUUAAUUCCAUGUGAACAGAGAAAUGUUCACACUGGACUGUACGUGGAAAUGUUAAAACGUCACUUCAUGAAGAGAUUUAACUCACAGCAGUCCUCAAAAUCAACCGUGCUUAUUGACAUCAUGGUUUUUCCAUCAUGUUACAAUACAAUCAAUAUUUCAAACUAGAACCACAUAAAGUGCAUUUUGCAUCACACAACAGACUUUGUUUGGUCUGUUUCUCUUUCCCGUUCUGGUAUCACCCCACCAUCAUUGUUUCUGUAUCAACUGACUCUACUUAAUGAUGUCGGUGCUCUAGUUGAUGACAGUCAAACUACAACACUAAAAGAAGGUUUGAGUUAAUCAAGUGGAACAAAUUUUAAUCUAAUAAACCCUUAAAUGACCAUUAUUUAGCAUCCCUAAGUAACAAUGGGUCAGUGCUGUGGAAAACUAUUCCUUUGCCUGAUCUGUUUUUUGAAGAAAAAUGUUUUUGUUUUUUUUAAACAGUCAUUAACAUCUUUCUGGAACGGGUCAAUUUCUAAAGCUUUGGGAAAAUAUCAGUAAUUAUUCACAAAAGGAGAAAACAUGAAGCCAACGUAAGAGAGGAGAGGCCUAAGAUUAAUCCAAGAGUUCAUGGAAGAACCAAGAUUAACCUAUAAUGCACUGAAUGUCUCACUUGCAUCAGGUCAAGUCAUACUUCAGCAACAAGAAAGAAACGGAGCAAACAAGACAUUCAUGAGAGUCCCAAGGCUAAGACCA